AAAUUAAAUUUAAAAAGUCUUUUAUUACUUGUGGCGCAGGUGUUACUGAAAAGUAAAUGUUAAGCUUUUAGAUCACGGGUAGUCUCCAUCUUCUUUCAAUGUAAUGAAUGUGUUGACUGGGAAACGGGUCAUCAGUGAUUCAUUUGCUCGUCUUUCUGGAUUGUCUGGUUAUGUGACCGUAAAAAGAGCUUCAUUGGAGGAAUCUUAAGAAAAUGCAGUGAUCAAUAGCAAUAUCCCUUAGACAUGUCAGGGACAUCUGAAUCAUUUUGUAAUCCAACCAGAAUUCAAAGUUACGCCAUCGCUCAGAACGUGUCCAACAAUAUCUACAUCAUUAUCUGUGUAGUAAUAAGCGUGAUGUGUUCAGUUUUAUCGACUUCUGGAAACGCAGUCAUCUUGUACGUUCUUCGCAAGUGUCAAUCUCUUCAUUCUCCAUCGAAAGCUUUGUUAUGUAGCUUGGCUCUGACGGAUCUGUUCGUUGGGCUGAUUGUCCUUCCACUGUUUACAGCUUACUACUUGACGAUCAUUUUGGAAAUGCCCGGGUGUUACUGCAUUAUAUCUAUCGCGUAUGGGCGGACAUCAACCUUUAUUGCAGGAGUUUCCCUUCAGACUAUCGCUACAAUUGCCAUUGAUCGAUAUCUCGCCUUUCAUCUCCGCUUGAGAUACCGAGAACUCGUGAAAUUCAGACGAGUUGUUUGCAUUCUUGUUAUACAGUGGGUCGCAACCGCAGUUUGGUCGGGAUCCUGGUUUUGGAACGAGCAAGUCAACAAGAUUUCUGGAGCAAUAGCCUUAACCAUUUGUUGCCUUGUGACACUUUUAUGCUAUCUCAGUAUCCGUCGUGGUCUUCGUCACCAUGUUGAACAAAUUCAUCAACAAAACAAUUCUAGAGAACCGCCAGUCUCCUUUAACCUAGUUCAAUAUAAGAAAACUUUGAAUAACAUGCUAUGGAUCAAUGGACUACUUGUUGUUUGCUAUAUGCCGUACUUGUCAUCUCUGCUUGCUAUUCUUAGUACAGGGCUCAAUAAGUACACACGGUUUGCCCUGCAUUUUAGCGCUAUUAUAGCAUUUUUCAAUUCUUUUUUAAAUCCUUUUCUAUAUUGUUGGAAGAUCAAAGAACUGAAAGAGAAAGUAAUGGCCCUUUUUCGUGCCAUGUACAAUUUCCUUUCAUCUAUGUACAGUAGGUUAGCAAACGCCGUUGCUGUGCAACGAUCUGCAACUUUUCCAAUAACUUAA